AUGGAAAGUCGUGACCGUCUGGAAGUUGCUUGGAGGGAUGUGGAGGAGGCCACAAAAAUUGCAAAUUCUCCGUCCAUUUCUGUCGGAAUCAUCCAUGGCCCUGACAAGACACCAAUCUUUCGAAAGAGCUACGGCCUUCGGAACUGUGAAGCCAAACUCGAAGCCGACGAAGACACUUCCUAUGUUAUUGGCAGCUGCUCGAAAAUGAUCACCUGCACGGCUAUCGGUAUCCUAGUCGCAGACAAUCGACUGGCGUGGGAUGACCUGAUUCGCAAACACCUUCCUACCUUUGACCCUGUCGGAGAUCCAACGAUUGGAGAGAAAGCAACCAUAAUCGACGUAUGCCGGCACUCUACUGGCCUUGGUAAUGCCUCCGCAAUUCUCGCGGGCCCUGGAGGCACGAUCUGCAACAAGGCCGAUGACCACAUUGCUCUCGUCAAUGCUCUUCCUACCGAGAAUAAGUCUGGUCAGAGAUUCCAAAAGGACUGGUGGUACAGCAACGUUGCUUUCGGGUUGCUGGCACAAAUCAUCGAGAAGGUUUCUGAGAUGCCGUUUUCUGAGUUCUUACAGAAGCGAAUCUUCCGGCCACUGCGAAUGUCCCACACAAACGUCAUGGAAAAUGAUUCAGAAACUGACGCAAAUAUCGCCUUGCCCUACGUUCGCCUGUCCGAUAGUACAUGGUCUAAGGUAGAGACCUGCAAGACAUCAAAAGAUCACGGGCCGGUACUAGCCAGUUUCGCAAUGCGCAGCUCAGUCAACGAUAUGCUUGCCUUCAUGGCGGCUGUCCUGAAUCAGUACAACGAGGAGCGCCAGUUGGAUGUCCUGCAGCCUCUUGUCAACGCCAGAUCUACAAAUCCACUGCGGCAGAUUGGACCCAUGUGGAACUACUGGUGGACAAGACCGGUAGACGACGGCUAUGAGAAUAACUCUGCUUACACCUUGGGCUGGUACCGUACCACGAUGCCCACUGCUGCCCUGGGCAUCUGGUCCUACAACCGAUCCGGAGACAUCAACAGGUCUUACCUUAAUGCGAGCACUAUUCUCGGCAAAGAGUCCACAAAGCGCACUCUGUACGGCCAUAAUGGCAAUACCAACGGCUUCGUCGCAACAGCUUACGUUUUCCCCGAUGAUCGAACCGCUAUUGUUGCUCUGAGCAAUGCUGUCAGUGCGGGAGAUGCAGCGGAAACAGCGUCUCGAAUCAUGUUACAGGCUCUGUUCAACCUCAGGCCUCGAGUCAGUUCAAUUCAGCCAUUGCGAGACUAUCGGGAUCGCUCGCUUCGGACUCACGCAUGGAUGAUAGGUGACUGGCGGCGGGGUCGUGAUACAUCGCGACUCACUGGCGCUUUAAAGGACUUCAUCGGGACAUACGUCGGCCUGAAUACGGUACGCAUCAGUAUCUUAGCUACCCAGAGUGACGACAGUACCAACAAGCCCGUCCAGCUGGCUGUGAUAUUUGGCGACAAUCCUGCCUCGCAAUGUGCGUUAGAGCCUUACAAUGCUGAUAUGUUGAGCUUUCUGCCUAUGGAUCGGGACACUUUGCUUUCCCUGAGAGAUGAGGACGAUGGAACAGUAGCUGGGUUCUAUUGGCAAUGGGAUUCGUACGAGUACCCGUCAUUGUGGGUGAGAGACCAGGCGGGCAUGGGUCCACAGCAGAUUCAGGAGGUGCUUGACAAGUUUGGUCAGUUUCGUGUAGGAAACUAG